CAUAUCUACAUUGCUUCUUCUUCUUCAGCACCCAUGGCCUUACCAUCCCAAAUCCUUGCUCUCUUCCUUAUCCUCCUCCUGGGUGCUUCCUCAGAAGCCCGUGACGCGUUCGCUUGCGACCCCAAAGACUCAAAGACAUUGAGCUUGCCGUUUUGCAAGGUUUCGAUGCCGAUACCUGCUAGGGUGAAGGACCUGCUCGGAAGGUUGACGUUGCAAGAGAAGGUUAGGUUGCUGGUGAACAAUGCUAUAGCCGUUCCUCGGAUGGGGAUCAAAGGGUACGAAUGGUGGUCCGAGGCUCUUCACGGUGUCUCCAAUGUGGGACCCGGAACCAAGUUCGGUGGGGCCUUCCCUGGGGCCACCAGCUUCCCUCAAGUAAUCACAACCGCUGCUUCUUUCAAUGCCACAUUAUGGGAAGCCAUCGGACGGGUUGUGUCAGAUGAGGCAAGGGCGAUGUACAACGGGGGAACGGCUGGUCUAACAUACUGGAGUCCAAAUGUAAAUAUUUUCAGGGACCCACGAUGGGGCCGGGGACAGGAGACUCCUGGUGAAGAUCCGGUGGUGGCCGGAACAUAUGCGGCGAGCUAUGUGAAGGGUUUACAGGGAACUAACGGUGACCGCUUGAAGGUGGCAGCUUGUUGUAAGCAUUUUACGGCGUAUGAUCUCGAUAACUGGAAUGGAGUAGAUAGGUUCCAUUUUAAUGCCAAGGUAAGUAAACAGGACAUCGAGGACACAUUCAAUGUACCAUUUAAAAUGUGUGUACAAGACGGAAAUGUCGCCAGCGUUAUGUGCUCUUACAACCAAGUCAAUGGUGUCCCGACCUGUGCCGACCCUAAUCUCCUGAAGAACACCGUACGAGGUCAAUGGAAACUCAACGGGUACAUUGUUUCGGAUUGUGAUUCGGUUGGGGUGUUUUAUAAUACGCAACAUUACACAUCAACACCUGAAGAAGCAGCCGCAGAUGCCAUUAAAGCAGGUUUGGACUUGGACUGUGGGCCCUUCUUGGCGCAAUACACUGGAAAUGCAGUAACAAGAGGAUUGUUAAAUGAGGCUGAGGUUAACAGUGCCUUGGCAAACACGCUAGCAGUCCAAAUGAGACUCGGAAUGUUCGACGGCGAGCCAUCUGCUCAACCAUUUGGGAACUUGGGCCCGAAAGAUUUAUGCACCCCUGCUCACCAACAGCUUGCUCUUGAAGCUGCAAGACAAGGCAUUGUCCUGCUGAAAAAUCGUAAUCCUUCGUUGCCUUUAUCCCACUUACUUCACCGCACCGUCGCUGUCAUCGGACCUAACUCCAAUGCCACCAUUACCAUGAUUGGAAACUAUGCUGGUGUUGCAUGUGGAUAUACGUCUCCCUUGCAAGGGAUCGGCAAUUACGCAAAGACGAUUCACCGAAUGGGAUGUGCCGACGUAGCUUGCACAGAUGACAAGUUAUUUAGUGGGGCGAUAAAUGCUGCUCGUCAAGCAGAUGUGACGGUUCUAGUAAUGGGACUCGAUCAGUCGAUCGAGGCGGAGUUCAAAGACAGAACAGGGUUGCUUUUGCCUGGUCGCCAACAGGAACUUGUUUCUAAAGUGGCAAUGGCGUCCAAGGGUCCAACCAUACUAGUAUUGAUGUCUGGUGGUCCCAUUGAUGUGUCUUUUGCUGAGAAUGACGCACGUAUAAGUGCCAUUUUGUGGGCUGGCUACCCUGGCCAAGCUGGAGGUGCCGCCAUUGCUGAUGUGUUGUAUGGAACAACCAAUCCAGAGGGCAAGCUGCCUAUGACAUGGUACCCACAAGGUUAUGUCUCGAAUUUGCUGAUGACAGACAUGACCAUGCGUUCGACCCCAAAUCGAAACUACCCCGGAAGAACAUAUAGAUUCUACAAAGGUCCGGUAGUGUACCCAUUUGGUCACGGAUUAAGUUACACCAACUUUGUUCAUACCAUCGCUAGUGCACCCACUAUUGUCUCCGUCUCUAUUGAUGGCCACCGUCAUUCAGGAAACAUAACCAUUUCAGGGAAGUGGAUAAAAGUAAAUCAUGCAAAAUGCAACAAGCUCUCCGUAGGGCUUCAAGUAGAUGUGAAAAAUACGGGUUCCAUGGACGGUACUAACACUAUGCUCAUAUUUUGGACGCCACCGGCCGGGCAUUGGGCUCCGCAUAAGCAGCUUGUGGCCUUUGCGAAAGUGCAUGUUCCAGCAGGGUCUCAAGAACGAGUGGGAAUCAACAUCCAUGUGUGCAAGUUUCUGAGUGUCGUGGACCGUUCCGGUGUUCGAAGAAUUCCGAUCGGUGUACACGAUCUCCAUAUCGGUGGCGUUAAGCAUUCGUUAUCCAUUCAGGCUGCAACUUUAGGGGUUAUCAAAACCUAGGCAGGCAUGCGAUUUCUAAGUAAGGCCAUAUUCAAACCUUAAAAAGAAACUUCAAAGUGUUCAAAUUACUUCCAUUAUAGUUGAAGAUUAAUAUUGGUCCAUGGGAAACAUGAGAUGCUAAAGGAAUAGAUUUUUUUUCUCUAUGAAAAUAAGCUAAUAUUGUGAAUGGAGAGAUUUUGUGUGAAUUUAGAUGUAAGAGAAAGAAGGGUACAUACACCCAAAUAAAAAUGGGUUAUUCAUUGUUUCUACUAU